CGACACUCGGCAAAAUGGCGGAGCCGCUGAGUGUCGGCGUGAACCUGGACGCCUUCGCUCACGCCAUCGGCGCCAUCCAGCAGCUCCGCUCCAGCGUCACCCGCGUCUUCGACAGCCUGAAGGAUGGGAUGAGGAACAAGGAGACGCUGGAGGGCCGCGAGAAGGCCUUCAUCAGCGACUUCCAAGAGAACCUGCACUCCGUCAACCGCGACCUGAAUGAGCUGGAACGUCUGAGUAACCUGGUGGGACGUCCAUCAGAGAGUCACCCACUUCACAACAGUGGUCUGUUGAGCCUUGAUCCGGUGCAGGACAAAACGCCCCUAUACAGCCAACUUUUACAGGCCUACAAAUGGUCCAACAAGCUCCAGUUCCAUGCCGGCUUAGCCUCCAGCUUGUUGAACCAACAGUCGCUGAAACGUUCUGCUAUGCAGAUGGGAGUCUCGGCGAAACGUCGUCCCAAGGUCCAGCCCAGCACGCUCGCUCUGCCACCUCAGUACGUGGACGAUGUGAUUGCGCGGAUUGACAGGAUGUUUCCCGACAUGUCCAUCAGCCUCUCGAGGCCAAAUGGAUCCUCCGCAGUGCUGCUGGUGACCCUUGGGAAGGUGUUGAAGGCCAUUGUGGUGAUGAGGAGUCUGUUUAUCGACCGGACCAUUAUCAAGGCUUACCACGAGCACGUGCUGACGGACGAUGGGAAGCUGGACAUCUGGUCUAAGUCCAGUCAUCAGGUCUUUCAGAAGGUGACGGAUCACGCCACCACGGCCCUGCUACACUACCAGCUGCCCCAGAUGCCGGACGUGGUGGUCAGGUCUUUCAUGACCUGGCUCCGAAGUUACAUCAAGUUAUUCCAGGCUCCGUGUCAGCGCUGUGGCAGAUUCCUGCAGGACGGGCUGCCUCCCACGUGGAGAGACUUCCGCACCCUCGAGGCCUUCCACGAUACCUGCCGGCAGUGAUCAGCCCACCCACCGACCGACUGAUGCACCUGCGCGACUGAGCUCGUCGCAUCCCGGUGUGGGUGACACCCGGCGGGCAGCCCGUGCCGUGAGCACCCGUGCAUUCAGCGCGAGAAGGACUCUAAUUUGCGGGAGGAAAAACUAUUCCCAGACGUGUUAUUGUUAGAAAGUGCCUCGCAGGAGUAAAGGUGGCCAUGCUGCAGGUCUGAUUGGGGGAAUGUUCUCCCGUCUGAAUGUCCCCUUUAAGUUCCAAGUGUCGCUUUUUAUAUAUUCUCUUAAAAAGUACUCUGCUGCCUUAUGUUUAUAGCUGUAUUUUUGUCGUGUAUUUCCUCUUCCAUCACCUGUCACUCGCCCUCUUGGCUUGUGAGGUUGAUGCUCUGUGCCGAAUCCUGUGGAGAGGGUUGGUGGGUGUGGAAGCAGCCGUUGGGAUGAACCCCCUCUCCUGACAGAGCGGAGCUUUUGAUGUGUAAACUCAGGGACCCCGCUCUCCGUCCGCUUGCUGAACCGGUCAGUUUCUUCCCCUCCAUUCCCUGCCCUUCUGCAUCACUUUGAUCCCAAACAGAUCAUCUCUCUACAGUGGUUUAGUGGACAGUCUGUCCCCCACAGACUCCGAGGUCAUGGUUCCAGCUCAGGCCAGCGUUUGGACUUAGGUCUUCUCAGGCUCUUUAACCAUCCCAGAUACGAGGGAGGGAGGGAGUGGAGGGUCAUGCUUGUUGUUGCAUGUCCCAGGCGAAAGGGAGAGCAAUAGAGAGAGAGGCAGGGGGAACUCGCAGAGCUCUGUAUGACGUGUGCUGUUCUGCCUUCACAAUCUCAGGCGAUGCCGGGAAUAGCACAGGUCAUACAGAGAAGAUCUUCCAUCUUCAAAGGAAGAUGAAAACGCAUCUCGAUCUGCUGUACCGUUAUUGCCCAGCAUUUCUCUGGUUUGCUGCGGGAUGCCUGCUCUGCACUGGCUUUGUUUCACAGCCUCAUAGAGUGGAAUACUCUGUCCACACAGAGAGAGAGAGAGUCACACAGCUCAUUAAUUGAGCAUUCACCCCAGGUCCUGUGGUACUUCCAUAAAUAAAGAGUAAGUCUUAAAUUUA